UUUAUUUUCUUGCUCUUAGGUGGUCCCGUUGUGGAGGUUCUUGGGGAUGAGAUGACCAGGAUCAUCUGGGAUUUGAUCAAGCAGAAACUUGUGCUCCCCUUCCUUCAUAUUGAACUUCACACCUUUGAUCUUGGGAUCGAGAACCGUGAUGCCACAGAUGACCAGGUCACCCUAGACUGUGCUCAUGCCAUCAAAAAGUACAAUGUUGGCAUCAAGUGUGCCACCAUUACCCCAGAUGAGAAAAGAGUGGAAGAAUUCAAGCUCAAAAAGAUGUGGAAGUCUCCCAACGGCACGAUCCGUAACAUUCUUGGAGGCACUGUCUUUAGGGAAGCUAUCAUAUGUCAGAACAUUCCACGUCUUGUCCCUGGCUGGCAGAAGCCCAUUGUGAUUGGACGUCAUGCACAUGCUGACCAGUACAAAGCUGUAGAUUUUGUUGUCCCUGGAGUUGGAAAGCUUGAAAUCUCCUGGACGCCAGCUGAUGGUGGCGAGCCCAUCAGAGAAAUCAUCCACAAUUUCCAAGGAAAAGGCUGUGCCUUAGGCAUGUUUAACACUGAAGAAUCAAUUAGAGGAUUUGCCCAUGCCUCUAUGGUCUAUGCCUUGGACAGAAAGAUGCCUCUCUACAUGUCUACUAAAAACACUAUUUUGAAAAAAUAUGAUGGUCUCUUCAAGGAUAUAUUCCAGGAAGUCUAUGAUAAAGAGUACAAAACUAAAUUUGAAGCUGCUGGAAUUUGGUAUGAACAUCGUUUAAUUGAUGACAUGGUUGCACAGGCUAUGAAGAGUGAAGGAGGAUUUGUUUGGGCUUGUAAAAAUUAUGAUGGAGACGUCCAGUCUGAUUCUGUUGCUCAAGGGUUCGGUUCUCUGGGUAUGAUGACAUCUGUGCUCGUGUGCCCUGAUGGCAAAACAUUGGAAUCUGAAGCUGCUCAUGGCACUGUUACCCGCCAUUAUCGUCAGCAUCAACAAGGGAAAGAAACCUCUACUAAUCCCAUUGCAUCUGUAUUCGCCUGGACUCGUGGCCUUUCUCACCGAGCCAAGUUAGACAACAAUGAGGCCUUGGCUAGAUUUGCUGUUACUCUAGAGAAGGUUUGCGUUGAUACCAUUGAAUCAGGUGCUAUGACCAAAGAUUUGGCAAUCUGCAUAAAGGGAAUGGCAAAUGUCACUCGUCAAGACUACCUCAAUACAUUUGAAUUUCUGGAUAAACUUGCAGAAAAUUUACAAAAGAAUAUGAAUGCAUGACUGGAUAGUUCUUUGGCAAACACAUCAAGAUUAUGACCUCCAGAAGCAUUCUAUGAUAAAAACAUCCAGAUUAAAACCUCCAGAAACAUUCCCUGUAUUCAUUAGUUCAGUGUAUUCAUUCCUUAGGAGUGUAGUAGUGCAUUUUAUUCUAUUUUAGGGAACUGAAUGUGCUUUUUCUUUUGCAUUUAUUUUUUAAUUAAAACAGUUUUAUUUUUCAGGAAUUCCAGUACAUUUACUGUUUUGAUUUUUGCAUUUAUAAAGUUUCAUAUUUAAGAAUCACAUGUACUGUAGUUUGAGUUUUUAAGGACAUUUUUUCUUGUACUGGUGCUUAUAGAAUUUAUAUUGAUUUAACUGAAGAACAUACCAAAUGCUAAAUUUUUGGCAGACAUACAGUGUAACUAACAUUACAGUAUUAGAAAUUAUUUUUACUCAACAGUUUGUAUACUGAAGGACCAUAAAUUGAAAUUUAAGAAAA